AGAAGUCGCCUGCAGCGAGGCGGGGAAAGAAGUCGGGGCCGUGCGGAUCAUGCCUGCUGCCGCGCCGCCUCCCCUGCAUCACGCAGCGGGGCCGGGGGUCUCCUGUAGCUGCCCCUACCCCCAUCAUCCCGAACCUCGAGGAUUUUUUGAUCACACUUUAAGCUGCAUAAGCUCAAGUGUAACAGAGAGAAGACUACAAGGUACUUGUGCACCAAUUGCCCGUGGAGGUUUUGGAAAGCCCUACUUUGGUACAAACGGUUUCAGUUCUCCUUUUAUAAAUUCUCGGACUGGUUUCCACACUAUCCAUUCUGAGAACAGUCCAGUAAAGCCAAGGAUUGUCACAGUAGUGAAACCCUGUGGGCAUGCAGUCAGGAAGAUAACAUUGCUUCUAAAUCGGCGUUCUGUUCAAACAUUUGAACAGCUGAUUGCUGACAUCUCAGAAGCCUUGGGAUUUCCACGCUGGAAGAAUGAUCGUGUGAGAAAAUUAUAUAAUUUGAAAGGAAGAGAAAUCAGAAGUGUUUCUGACUUCUUUAGAGAGGGUGAUGUAUUCAUAGCUAUGGGAAAGGAACAGUUAACCCUGAAAAUCCUUGAAAUGGCAUUUCAAGAACUUUAUCCAGAUAACCCUUAUGCUCCUCUUAAUGGGACUUCAGAAAAUUGGGAACAUCCUCAGAAGCCCAAACACAGGAUGUAUGAAAAGGCUUCCAAGUUAGAAAAGAGCCUUGAACCCACAGUUGCUAGCAACUGUAUAGAUAUCAUGUCUCCUAAAGUAAUUAACAAGCGUGACAUAAAAGCUCAUACCAGGAUCAGACAGGAAGAGAAAUUGAGACCCAAAAAGAGAUGGAUAAGAGACAACUCUCAUGGGGAGCAUGGUGUGAAGCCUUCUAGAAAACUUAGAGAUAUUGAGAGAUACUUUAAUGAAGAGAGAAAUUGUGAAAGCGAAGCUGAAAAGAGUUCAGAUAGAAUUAUCAGAUGUGAGAAAUGUGAAAGAGAAAGACAGCUGAGGCAAACACUGCAAAAAGAAAGACAGGAUGAUCUUCCGUUUGGGAGCAGAGACUUGAGUGUAAGAGCAUGUAAGAGAUAUAAUGUUGAAAAGCCUGCAAAAUUGAAAAAUUUUCAGAAAUUAUCAGAAAACUCAGUAGAAGAAGCUGAAGUUACAUGGAAUGAAGCUGGUUGUCAGAGUACAUGGACAACUUCACACAGUCAUGUUAGUAAAGAACUUGAGAAGCAAAAAAGAAGUAUUGAUGGAGAUCAGAUCCUGCAGAACCAUGAUGAAGAAUUAGGAAAAAUGAAGACAAACCCACUAGAAAGUCAGCACACUAUAGUAGGAGAUACCUAUGAGCUAAAGAAGGAACACAGAAAAUGUUCUAGAGUGAAUCAGAGCUGUUGGUUAAUAAAAAGUUCUCAGAUUGAUGGAGAGAAGCAAACAAAAGUUCAGGGAAAGAGAGAAGAGGUACAGAAAUUAAAAGAAGAAAACACUGGAGAUGAGAAAGUGGGGCAUGGGAAGAGUGAACAGGUUAACAAUGAAAGGGAAGAAGAACUUAAAAUUAACAAAGAAGGAAAUAUAACAUAUAAGAACAGUGAUGUACAACUGAGACAUGAUGUCUCUAGCAGAGCAGAUGUGGAGAGUUGCUAUGAAAUUGGCAGAACUAUUGGAGAUGGGAACUUCGCUGUUGUGAUGGAGUGUCACCAUCAAAGCACCAACCAGAUCUAUGCAAUGAAAAUAAUUGAUAAGUCAAAGCUGAAGGGAAAGGAGGAUAUGCUAGAAAAUGAAAUCUUGAUUAUCAAGAGUCUUUCUCACCCCAACAUUGUAAGCUUGAUUGAAGUAUUUGAAACUGAAGCAGAAAUUUACCUAAUCAUGGAAUAUGUCCCUGGUGGGGACUUGUUUGAUGCCAUCAUAGAAAGUGUGAAGUUCACAGAACAUGAUGCUGCUCUCAUGAUAACUGAUCUGUGUGAAGCUCUUGUAUAUAUUCACAGCAAGAACAUUGUUCAUAGAGAUCUCAAGCCUGAAAAUCUUCUGGUUCAGCGUAAUGCAGAUAAAACUACCACAUUGAAACUAGCAGAUUUUGGCCUUGCAAAGCAGGUGACAAGACCAAUAUUCACUGUGUGUGGAACUCCAACGUAUGUUGCUCCUGAAAUACUUGCUGAGAAUGGCUAUGGUUUAGAAGUCGAUAUGUGGGCUACUGGUGUAAUACUCUAUAUUUUACUUUGUGGCUUCCCCCCCUUUCGAAGUCAUGAACGAGAUCAGGAGGAGUUAUUUCAAAUUAUUCAGCUUGGACAUUAUGAAUUUCUCUCACCAUACUGGGACAACAUUUCAGCUGCUGCAAAAGACCUGAUAAACCGACUCCUGGUAGUUGAUCCCAAAAAGCGUUAUACUGCUCAACAAGUUCUUCGGCAUCUGUGGAUCCACACAGCUGGAAAAACCAACAAUAGAAAUCUCCAAAGGGAGGUGACCAUCAAUCUUGAGCGACACUUUCGAAGUCAGCGCAAGUCAGAAGUUACCAAAGAAGAUUCAUAAAGGAUCCUACCCACCGAGGAAACGUAUUUCUUCCAUUCUGUACUGAUGUAAUCUUCUUUCAGAGAUCAAAUGUUAGCCUAAUACAUUACUUCUGUUGGGGCUGAAGUCUGCUGAGUACGUCAUUAUGACUGACUUCUAUGGUGUUAUGCAGUCACAUCCUGGUUCUUUUUAUAGACUAGUUUUCCAUUUUUUAGAAAGGAAUUCUUUUUAAGUGAACAAAUUAAAGUCUUGAACACCCACCUGAAAUGUGAGAAAAAGGCAAGAUUUUUGAUUCAGUUGCCAUGCAUUUUAAUGAUUAAGACAUUUUUCUUUGGGGUCCAAAGUGGAAGGAGAUGGGAUUAGUGGUGGUGGUAAUAUAUAUGUGGUCUUUUCCAUAGAUAUCUAAACAGUUACUUAGUGUUAACCUACUUAUCUGUACAGUAUAUUUCUGUCUUACACCUGUCUUUAGGAAUUAGGAAAUGCUCUUGUUACAGAAACAUAUUUUUAAAAUAGAUCUUGAAAAAUGUGACUCAUCCAAGAACUUGUCAAACUGCUGGUUAAAUGGAUAAGAUUGAAUCUAUUUUUGAACCAUUCACAUAUGUUAAAUAUAUUUACAAAAAGGCCAGAUUCCAGAGAAUUAUUUUAGGCAUGCUUAAUGUCUUGGGAAAUGGACUGUCUACCUGGAGUUUUUAAUUAACAAUUGUGAAUAUCUGUCUCUUUUUUGAAAAUAUUGGUUUCAAAAGCAUGCUGUGGCAUGAGUUGCUUAAGAGAUAAAAAUUUAAAAAUCCUUUGGGGCAUAUAAAACUAGCUUUUUUGGAACCAUACUAUUGAACAUAUCCUUGAUAUUAUACAUUUUGAAUAUAUAAAAUAUUUGUAUAUCAGGGGUGGGAGUGAUUUCUUGUAUAAAUCAUGCACAGUGUAAUGCAUGCCAGGGCCUUGUUUUAAUUGUGUGUAGAUACAUAUUACACUUCGGAUUCAAAAUACAGAUUAUGAGAAAAACCAAUAGAUUAUUUACUUUUCCUUAUCCAAAGACAGAGAGAGAGAGAUGGGAUUAAAUAAAAAAAAUGGCCCUCUUCUUUUAGGUAAACUGCUAGAUAUAUCCCAGAUAGUGUCUAUAUACAUGUUUUGAUUAUUUCCAAUAUUGCAUAACCAGAGAUUUUUUUAUGUUGUGAUUUUUUUCUUAGGACCUUCUUGUUUAAAUUGCUACUGUGAAUUGUGCUUCAGACAAAGUUGCUGCUCUGAUAAAACUUGUAAUAAGAAGUCUGGACCUUCGAUAAGAACUAUCUGAGGUUGCGAUUUACAGUAGUAAGCUGCCUUGGCUGUUAGAUUUAGACCUCAGAUGUGGAAGGGAUUAGCAAUAUGAAUCCUGAGAUAUGACCACCUCUGUAAUAAGUAGUGAAGGAUUCACCAUUGGUCCUAAUUCAAUCACUAGAACUCUGUCUUAUAGCUCUUCCCUGUAGGAAUCCAGCUUCUGUGUUUGGUUCUUGAUAUAGAUCUGAUAUUGCUUACUGUAGCUCUGACAAUACUGUGAUAAGCAAUGGGAAGAAACACAAAGGAAUAACAGAUUUAAAGAAAAAAUAGGAAGAUUUUUUUAAAAAAAUUCUAAUGCUCAUUGAGUGUUUGUGUGUAUGUGUGUGUUCCCACAAUGCAAAGGCCAGUUCCAGCAGAAACACUAGAUGUUUGUUGUAAAGGAAUAUGUGGAUCAGGCAUCCAAAUGUGUACAUUUCUCUUUAGCAUAGAUGUUUGUGACACAAUUUGCACAAUAAUGACAUUUUGUUCUUUGGCUCCACUGUGGUGGAGUCAGAGGAAUUGAAUCUAUUGCUAGACCUCAGUUG